CUAUAAACUUCAUCAAUAGCCCCGCACCGGCCAAUGCCCGUGUCGGCCUCACACGUGUGGAACAGGCUGCAGCAGUCAGACGCCGACGAGAACAUUUUAAUCAAAGAACAAUGACAGGGAAUCACUGGGGAUAUGGAGAGAAUAACGGCCCAUCUGUGUGGCACAAAAACUUUCCUGUUGCUCAGGGGAACCGCCAGUCUCCCAUUGACAUUGACCCUCAUCAGGCUUCAUAUGAUCCCAGUCUGCCACCGAUUCUUCUGAGCUACGACCAGUGUAACUCCAUCAACAUCACCAACAACGGACACUCUGUAGUGGUGGACUUUGAUGACUCAGAUGAUAGAACGGUGAUCCAGGGAGGCCCUCUUGACAACGGCUACAGGCUGAGACAGUUCCACUUCCACUGGGGUGGAAAGGGCUGUCAUGGCUCUGAGCACACUGUUGCAGGGAAGAGCUAUGCAUCUGAGCUUCAUCUAGUCCACUGGAACGCUACCAAAUACAAGACGUUUGGGGAGGCAGCGACAGCCCCUGAUGGCCUUGCUGUCCUCGGCAUCUUUUUAGAGGCAGGUGAUGAUCACAGGUGGCUCCACAAAAUAACAGAUGCUCUGUUCAUGGUGAAGUUUAAGAACAGUGUUGCAGAUUUUAAAGGUUUCAACCCCAAGUGCCUCCUACCCAGCAGCCUGCACUACUGGACCUAUCCUGGAUCCCUGACCACGCCCCCCCUCCAUGAGAGUGUCAUCUGGAUCGUCCUGAAGGAGCCAAUCAUAGUGUCUGAAAAACAGAUGAGCAAGUUUCGAAUGCUUCUGUUCAACACGGAGGAGGAGGAUCAGAGGAUACGGAUGGAGAACAACUUCAGGCCACCUCAGCCUCUGAAAGGCAGGAAAGUGCGCGCCUCCUUUAACUAAAGUGACUACAGGAAGUCUGAAACUAUACAGCAGUUGACACAAGUGCUCUUUAAGGCAUCUGAGUUGAAUGUAUGAAUUCGGCUGCACGCCCCACCUCAUGGCAGCCUGUCCUGUGGAUUACUGCUGAUUUCUGUAAACUGAAGAAAAUAAAGUAUAAGGUAUAAUUCUCAUCACUGCCAAAACAUUGAGAUACCUGUUUCCAGCUACUGGGGAUUUCCAGCUACAGAGGAUUCAAUGAAUAAUUACAACCUCCAUGAGUUUCAAUAGUAAAAUAAUGAAAUUACAAUGGAGGAUGUUGGGAAAGAUCAUCUUAUUGUGGUCAGUAAUGUUUAAGGAUAUUCAAAUGUCAUUUGUGUAUUUUAAAAGAAUAAUAACCCAUGAAAUGUAAACAGAAGCAAAUCAAAGCUCCUCCAAUAUCUGUUCAAGGAAAACAAGUGUUGCUGAGACAAGAUGCAGCAAGGUUUGUGCAAGGUGUUUUUUUUUUUUUUUUUUUUUUUUUUCUGUUGCCAGUACAAUCUGUAGCUGUUGUAAGGUUGACAUCCCGCUGCUCUCGCGCUGCACCAUGUGACUGCUUGUCAGUGGUCCGCAGAUCCAGGGACUCUGCAUCCUCACUGAUCCCAUCUGAUCCCUGUUGAUCCAGCCUAUUGCUUGUGGAUUCUCAGUCCUUGUGGAGCUAGAUCCCUUCCACUCCCAAAAAUCACAACUGGAGGUGCGGUAGGAUUAGUGCCACGGCUGCUAGAACUCAUCUGCUCGGCCACGACGGAGGGGGUCUGAAAGUCGAAUCUCAGGUUCUUUUAGAGCUUAAGGCACACUCGUAUAUAUCCCCGACAGGGUGGCCCAUUAUUUUUAGCAUGUUCACUAGCUUAAGCAAACAAACCCCUCUAUGUUCACAAUUGUUCUCCAUCCCUAAUUUUGAUGUUUAUUUAUUUAUAAACUGUAGCAAAUUGAACAGAGCCUCAGCAUUAUGGUAGAGCUAUCAUUUUUUUCACAACUCUAAACAAUCAGUCUACAGACCUCUAUUUUUUUUUUCUCCAUCCCAGGGUAAAAUUACGCUCCAUGUGUGAAGUGUCAGAUUUCUUGAUCCAGUGUUUUUCUAUGCAAGACUGUUUCAGAGUCUGAUGCACUCUGUGAUUAACAGCUUGACCCUGAGGCUGCAGUUGUGAGAAAAAUGCCUCCACAGUCCUCUGUGUUAUUCCUAAUGGAGGCCCUGGCGUCUCACAGUUGUGUGUGAGUUAUGGCAGCUCAGUGUAAUGCUGUUCCUUAUUUAGAAUUUUGGAUUUCCCUAGCAGAGAGAUGGUGGCAGGGAGAAACUUAUUUUAUGUCCAUUCAACAGAACCUCAGCUAUGAUUGUUUUCAUGUCAUUGCUGUUAAAUAACAAUAUAAAUGUAAUUUAUGAGUGUGUUUAGUGACUGUAUGUUUGUAAUGUAUUCAAGUCAGCAUGUUUUUGUUGAAUGAAAUGAGAUUUAAAAUAAAUUGGAUUCAAGUAA